CUGAAUGCCUUGGUAACGUUAUUCGUUUGAGUGUCGCACCUCUUUUUGAAGAGGUUGACGCUGUCUUUAAUGACACACAAAUCAUAAACCUGACGCCUGGCCUUGCUACUCAGUGUGGAUUCAGCUUUAAAUWUGACCCMAUGGGGAAUGCCAUGUUUUUUGCUUCUCUUCAAAACUGCUUUUCCCAAAACAUGGAUGAUAAGAUGUUCAGCUUGGUCAUGCAGUUCAGGCUGCCAGGAAACCACAUGACUGAAGACCCUGUGUAUAGAGUAGGCAAAACAUGUAGCUACACCCCCUGGACCUCCCGAGAGAUUCUGUGCGACCGCAACUACAUGGAGGUGUCUGUUAGAAGGACUCUUUCAGACAUCCAAACCGUCCCUGAACAGCCCACUGGAGGCCCGAAAGCAAGGAGCGGCAACUUCCGGAGAGGAGCUGAGGCUGUUGCUUCAGGAUACAAAAUGACUGCAGUCGUCUUUAGUCCUAGCAAGAAGGUCAUGAGUGUGGAUGAGGUCCAAAGAAAGGGCUAUGCAAUAGCCAACACUCCCACACGGCUGGUGUUAAGAAGCCCUCAUGCAGAGGAGACAUACCUCYAGAAUGUAGCUGGGGUUCCGAUGCGGGUGCUCUCAACCUCAACCUUCUUUGAGCAGAAGUGGCUGGUUACUCGAGUAGAUGCCACGGCUGUUUGUCCAACACCAGGGGCAGUGGCCUUUACUCCAGAAGUGAUCACCUGGUACAUGCCCAAGCACAUCGACCCACUUUUCUCCUCUGAUGCCUUCACCAUGUUGGAGGUGUACAUGGGAAUUGACGCUAAGAGGCUGGACACUGAGGAAAUGGCUGCCAGAAACUACUCGGUUUUAGUCACAGAGGCUCAUAUUAUUGUUGAAAUUCCGGUGGGGCGGUUGGCGGCUUUUUCAAGGUCUGCGUUGGAUGAGUUCACUCGUCUCCCUUUACAGAGCCAUAUUCAGGAUGACCAGUACUUUGUCACUUACACCAUUGAGCCCAUGCUUGAGUUGCUGUGGAUCGAGGUCGCACACGAGGACACCAGCUACAAAGUCCUCUUCCUUCACAACACCUCGAUGGCCAGGCCUCCACAAGUUCGCAACUUGUCCAUUUUCGACUUCCAUUUUACCGCAUUUCAAAAUGUUUUUUUGUUUGCCAAUGAACAGACACGCUUAGACACAGUUCCUGAGCAGGCAGUGUUUGUGCGAGUUGGGGACUUCAACCUUGAUGUGGAGCUGCUGAACAUCACCUUUCCCACCAUGGUGCUAACUGUUGCAGAGUGCAACGCCAGAGGCUUCAAUGUUCAGGAGCAGAGAUCUCUGGACAACACCUUGAAGACCUUCAGGAUGGAGGUGCCCUUCUCAGACCCGGUGGUCUUUAAGGAGAGAAGGGCGGAACAAGGUGUCACAACCUUCACUCUUCAGCUGAUCUACGGCCUGGUCGUCUUUCCAGAGUUCGCUCCUUUCUCUCACUCUGCUGUUGUGGACGCUGUACUGCUGGACAUUGUGCCACCCUCAGUCACUGGCAACUGUGAUCAGGAGAACUUUCACAUCACUGUGGACUACAGGAACCAAGAUCCCUUUUUCGUGGUCUUGGUUGGCAAGCGGCUGCUUAACCAUGAGCUUGCUCACAGUAUUUAACAGAGGGCGACGCAGACUUCACCAUCAGUUGCCCUUCUCUUCGCCGGACGCAGUGUUGAGUCGGUUCACCCGUCCUCUGUCAGGAGCAGACUGGAUGUGGCUCUGUUGAAUCCUUACAACAACAUGACCAUCAAAUACUUUUCCCUGGCUUGCAGCUUCCUCAAAACGCUGACUGAGUGUUUCUCUAACGGAACGAUGACUGCGCUGGCGGUCAAGGUGGAGUCUGCUCCCAGUCUGAACCCCGGUCAGCUGACCCUGAGCGACCCCGCCUGUGGUCCCACCUACAGCGACGAUCGCUUCGCCUACUUCCACUUCACUGUCAACUCCUGUGGCACCACCAGGAAGUUUAUCAACAAUGUCAUGCUGUAUGAGAACGAAAUCUCCUUGCCAGAUGAACUUGAGGUGAAGCUGAAUGGCACGACGUCUUCAGAGGAGGAAUAUCAGUUAAAGGUUUCCUGCUACUAUGUGGUCAACAUCACUCGCACAUUGGCCUUCCUCACCAGGCCGCGUGACAACGAGCGUUUUGCCGAGACUGGGACGGGUCGACUAAUGGUCAGAAUGAGACUCGCUCAGGACGCCUCGUAUAACACGUUCCACCAGGAGGAGGACUAUCCAGUGGUGAGGUACCUGAGACAGCCUCUGCACUUUGAGGUGGAGCUGACCAGGUCCUCUGACCCAAGUAGCGCGGUGCUUGACCACUGCUGGGCCACCCUCAACGAGGACCGUGACUCCCGACCCCGGUGGAAUCUCAUCAUUAAUGGUUGUGAGAACCCGGAGGAUCCCUACGUGUAG